AAAGUUUCAAAUUUGCCGUAAAAAUAUCCGGUGCAUAUAAAAAUAGCAAAUUAUAGUUCGAGAAAGUUUAUGAUUAAUUAAUUAUAUUACAACCAACUUUACAAUUUUGUUUUUCGACGUUCUAAUUUAUUCAAAAAUUUCAACUUUUCGAUUAUAUUCGAUCUUUUUUAAAAAAGUUUACCAAUUAAUAUUGCCGGUUUGGAUCUCAACGAACAAAGUUCUUUGGCUGUUACUGACAGCAAAGCCGAAGUCUCUACUCCGGUUAGACCUGUCCCAAACAAGUCCCCUUUUACUACUCCAGGUGGAAUUCAAACGGCGUCCAAAUUAAAGAAAGAAACUAAAAUGCGAACAACGAGAAAAGGGCCUGUGAUGAAACUACCAGAAGCCAUGGGCGGUCCAACAAAAACGCCGUUUGCCAACUUUUCGCCGUUUGUCGAUCCUUCUGGAAAACUUAAUUUUGAUGGAAAGGCAGUUUUACAUGCUCAAGGAGUGGAUUUUAGUAAUGGUAACAGUUAUAAAAUUAAUAUGGAAGAGUUUGAAUUAUUGGAAGAACUCGGGAAAGGACAAUAUGGUACAGUACAAAAGGUGUUUCACAAGCCUACCAACGUAACUAUGGCAAUGAAGGAAAUUCGUCUUGAACUUGAUGAAGCUAAAUUAAAUCAAAUACUAAUGGAGCUGGAUAUCCUUCAUCAAUCUCGAAGUUCCUAUAUUGUUGAAUUUUAUGGUGCUUUCUUCAUUGAGUCUUGUGUUUAUUAUUGUAUGGAAUAUAUGGACGCAGGAUCAUUGGAUAAAUUAUACGGAGGGGGUAUUCCUGAAGACGUUCUCGCCAAAAUUACAUUUGCGAUGGUAAAAGGGUUAAAGUUUCUAAAAGAUUCAUUAAACAUUAUACACCGUGAUGUGAAACCCACAAAUGUUCUUGUAAAUAUGGAAGGAGAAGUGAAAUUAUGUGACUUUGGAGUUUCCGGCCAAUUAAUACAAUCACGCGCAAAAACCAAUAUCGGGUGCCAAAGUUAUAUGGCGCCAGAAAGAAUAAUUCAAGGUGAUGCAAGUACAUAUACAGUACAAUCUGACGUUUGGUCACUUGGGCUAUCUAUGCUUGAACUUGGUACUGGUAAAUAUCCUUAUCCUGUUCCGGAUAAGAACGAGAGAGUUGGUUUAUUCGCUCAAUUAAAUGCCAUUGUUCAAGGAGAUCCUCCUUCCUUACCUGAAGAUAAUUUUUCUGCAGAAUGUCGCGAUUUUGUAGCACAAUGCUUGAAUAAAAAUCCUCAAAAUCGGCUUACUUACGCACAACUACUGGAACAUCCCUUUUUGAAAAAGUACGAAGAUGUCGAUGUCGAUAUGAAAGCAUGGGCCAAACAAGCAUAUGCUUCACGAAAAGAUCUGUUAAGGCAAUCAUAGUCACAUUAAAAAUGAUACAAUUUAUCUAUUAUUCAUCUACGUUUAAAUAGUCAUCAAGCUACCUUUAAGUUAAGAUAACAGGAAUAAAAAUUAGGAGAAAAUCCAAUUUUGUGGAACAAAACAUCAAUAUGAUGGUAAUUAAACACAUUGUUAUUUAAAGUUCGGGUUUGAUAAUUUUUGUUUCGUUCCUUUUUAUCUCCUUUUCACCUUAUAAUAUUCUAGAGAUAUUUUCAAUAGAAUGUAUUAAGGAUAUAAUGUAUAAAGAAUUGAUAUGGAAGUUCUUUUUCGCAUCAAAGUGAUUUAAAAACAAUUAUUAUUGUUUGUAUCAAAACCUUUGAAUAUAUUUAAUAUGUUUGAUUUUACGGACUCUGAACAAUAUAAAAUUUAACAA